AAACACACUCACACACUGACACACAAGCGCGCGCAGAGGGAGGGAGGGUACUCCGCGCGCUCGGCUCUGUUUCAUUGACUUUAUCUGAAAGUCAGAUGAACUUUAGUUUUUUGCUGUUUAUUUUCUUCCGUUUUCUUUCACUCAGUUUCAGCUCAGCUCUCUGCCUGUCACAGGAUAACGGGACCUCGUGCGCUGCCUCGAGCGGACACACAGCAACCGGUCCACGCACGAGGCGGUUAACGGACAGGGGAGCAACAGGAGGUUUCACGCGCGAGUCACACCGGGAACAAGAGGGAUUUAACGGAGACUUUAGGAGCGGCUCUUUGAUUACACAGCUGCCCGGUACCGACUGGACCCACUCUCUGACCCGGGAUAUCUGCAGUCUGAGCGGUUUUCCUCCAUCAUGCGUCCCGCGGUGGGCAGCGUGUGUGGGCGCUGCAGCCUGAUCCUGGUCCUGGUUCAGGUCCUGGUCUCGGUCCAUCCUGCGGCCGGAUACAAUCUGGAUCAGGACCACAGUCUGGAGUUCCAUGGCCCCGCCUCCUCCAUGUUUGGAUACUCAGUCCUGUUGCAUCGUCAUGGAGAUCACAGCUGGUUGGUGGUUGGAGCCCCAGUAGCAAACUCAUCCUCCAAUCCGUCGGUUCGAUCUCCAGGAGCUGUUUACCGCUGCGACAUCUCUUCUGAGCAACGCCACUGCCACGACAUGCAUUCUGAUGUGCAGGCCUGUGGGAAGACGUGUGAAGCAGAGAGUGAUCACCAGUGGCUGGGAGUCAGUCUGUCCAGACAACCUGGAGACAACGGAGGACACAUCCUGGCGUGUGCUCACCGCUGGAAGAACGUCUACUACUCAAAGAAAGACAGCCAGAACCAUAAGCUGCCCAAUGGAGUCUGUUAUCGCUACGACAACAACCUGAGUCACGCCCAACCCAUCAUCCCCUGUUACAGAGACCACCAGAGGAAGUUCGGUGAGGAUUAUGGGUCAUGUCAGGCUGGUAUUUCCAACUUCCUGACAGAGGAUCUGAUCAUCAUGGGGGCUCCAGGGACAUAUUACUGGACGGGUUCAGUUCUGGUUUUUAACACGUCCAGUGGAGGGAUGUCAGUGUACCUGGAUGAUGACGCUGGCGUCGUCAGCUACGGAAGCUACCUGGGUUACUCUGUCGGAGCCGGUCACUUCAUAAGUCCUGACACUGUGGAGGUUGUCGGUGGAGCUCCGCAAUACAACCAGAAGGGAAAGGUCUUCAUCUUCACAGUAGACAACAACAUGCUGCGGGUUGUCUCUGAAGUGUCUGGGAAAGAGCUGGGAUCUUACUUUGGCUCCAGUGUGUGUGUGGUCGAUCUGAACGCUGAUGGUUUGUCAGAUCUGUUGGUCGGCGCGCCCAUGGCAACAGGCGUCGCCAGGGAGGAGGGAAGAGUCCAUGUGUACAUCAACCAGGGGCAGGCGAAGCUGUUGGAGGCGGAGUUUCGGCUGACUGGCAGUGACGCGUACGCCGCCCGGUUUGGAGAGACUAUCGCUGACCUGGGAGACCUGGACGAUGACGGUUACCCUGAUGUGGCAGUUGGUGCCCCGCAGGAGGAGGAUCUAAAAGGAGCCGUCUAUAUUUACAAUGGCAGGAAGGAUGGUAUCUCACCAACUCCAUCUCAGAGGAUUACAGGAUCCAGCCUGGGUCACGACCUCAGGAUGUUCGGCCAGUCGCUGAACUCUGGCAUCGACAUUGAUAAUAACGGCUACCAGGAUUUGGCGGUUGGUGCGUUCCUCUCGGACUCAGCGGUUGUUCUCAGGACCCGUCCGGUGAUUCAGGUGAAGGCGUCUCUGGUCCUGCCUGAGCAGAUUGACUCGAAGAUGGCUCUGUGCCGAGAACACAAGACCCCAACUGUCUGCUUCAAUGUAACCGUCUGCUUCAGUGUCAGGUCCAGACACUUCAGAGGAGCUAUAGAUCUUCAAUAUAAUCUGACCUCUGACCUCCUCCAUAAACCGUCCUUCCCUCAUCGUUUCUAUUUCCAUGGUAACGGGUCAUCCAAUAUCACAAGGGGGCGUGUGAAAGCACGACAUGGCCAGCUCACUUGUACCACACACGUGGCUUACCAAAGGAAAGAUGUGAGGGACAUUUUUACUGCAGUCAAGUUUGAGGUUUCCUACAGUCACAGAGAAGCAAACACCCAAAGAGGCUCUUCAAAAAUCUUCCCUCCAUUAAAACCCAUUCUGCAGCGGAGCGCAGGACACCAGAACACUAUCACCAACCAGACGUGGUUUGCUCGUUCCUGUUCUCUGAUGAACUGUUCGGCCAACAUGCAGCUGUCAGCUGAACUAGUGCUGCCACAUCAGCAGCAGUACUUCGCUCUUGGCUCUGGACAGACCAUCGUGUUGAAAACCUUGCUACUGAACUCUGGAGAUGACGCCUUCUUGCCGCGACUGACGCUGCGUUUCCCCAACAACAUCCACUAUGUUAAAGUGCUGCAGAAUGAGGACAACUUGGUCAGUUGUGACGUCACACAGGAAGUCAACAGUGCAGUUGACUGCAGUGUCACCAGCCUCCUCCUCUCAGCCCACACCCAGUUGAAUAUCAGCUUCCUAUUGGACGUUAGCCAGAACAGCACACCUGGUGACAUCACUAUUCACGUCAACACCAGCAGUGAUAACUACGAGAGCGAGGAGUAUCUCCAUGACAACUCCAUCAGUCUCCCUCUUUCUCUCAGAUAUGGAGUCAACGUCAACAUCCACGGUUUUGUGACUCCCACCUCAUUUGUGUUUGGAGAUGAAGACUCAACUCCAGUUGACUGCUACCCUGAAAGAUUCAACUACACAUACAAGGUGUUAAACUCUGGUCCCAGCAGGUCAUUAGAUACUGUGGUUGACAUUGCACUACCGAAGAUCCUCACACCUUACCGACACAGACUGCUGCAGGUGGUCGACUGGCAGUCAUCUCACGGGGUGUGUUCGAUCAGUGAUACAAGUGUUUCAGUCAUUGAGGACUGUGAUGUUCCCCAAGCUUCCUUCAUCAAACAGCUCAUCUUCUUCUUCUCUUCCACCUCCACCCGCAGAAUGUUUUGUGGCCGUGGUGAUGACCUGUGUGAGCGGUUGGUGUGCCAAUUCGGUAACCUGGAGGUGGGGAAAGAGGUCAUUAUUCAACUGGAGAUCAAACUGAACCCUGCUGUUCUACUGCAAUCUCCGGGUCGUCUUGGUGUCAUGAGGAUGGAGAGCACGGCAAUGAUGUCAAAUCCCAGAGAAGGUCCUCACACCAUCCUCAUCCACAAACCUGAAGCACAGGUGGUGGUGGAAGCUCUUUUUACCCAGAAACCCUCAGCAAUAGUGAAGGUCUUCAUCAUCGUUGUCAGUUUAGUUCUGGGUCUGAUGAUCCUGGCAGCUCUCAUCUGGUGUCUGUGGAAGGCUGGUUUCUUUAAGAGGAACUUCCAGAAGAAUAAGGAAGAGGAAUUCAGGAGAGACAGCUGGGACUAUGUUCCUAAACACGAUAAAAGAGAGAGCACUUCCUAACCCCACCUCUGGCCACGACCUCAGACCUCUGACCAUAGGAUGGCGUUCACAUUGUGACUGUGCAACAGUUUUAAUGAGACAUAUGUGCUGAUGGAUGGAUUGCUGUGUUUGACAAUAUGGCAACCCAAUUUGUCCAAAACAGUAGAAAGCAUUGCUACUGCUGUUGAACGUCAUCGGCCAAUGACAUCAGUCCAGACUGUGUCAGAUGAUUUGAAGCAACACUCGUAACAAGUCAGCCCAGCCGGUUUCAGCACAGACUUGUCUUUGAGUGUGACAGAUGCUAAAAAGGGAACGCCUCUUGAACUGAACACACCUGAAUCUGUGCCUUUUAAACUAUUUUGCCUGAUGUGCCUUCACAAAUACAGACAAGUUCAAAGACUUGAAAAAGACUGCAGCGAUAGAUGGAUGGAGGAUUAAUAAAAAGGGAAGUGGACCCGAAACAAUCAAAUCUGGACCAAUUUGAAGGCGUCUGGGCUUCCUGGGAUGUGGCGCCACCUGUUGAUGACCUUCAUUCAAGAGAAAACAAACCAAAGAAAGUAACUUUCUGAUGACCUUCGAUCUCAGGGGAUGGAAACCUGGUCUUUCAUUGGUUCCUAACUCGCUGUCUGUGUACAUUAUCUUUCUAUCUUUUUGUUUACCUGCUGACCAACACUUUAUGCACUGGUGACACACACACACACACACACACACACACACAAAGGUGACUUGCUGCCUGUGUUGCACCAUUUGAUGCCUGUAACACACACCGGAUGCUGUCCAGACCGAACAGUCAAGCAAUGGCUGCUGGGAUGUGCCGGUACAGUGAGUGAAGUAAUAAAAUUGCUUUCUUCUGUGGGCUGAUGCAGACUGAUGCUGACAGCAAUCAGCAUGGGUGUUUGAAUGGAUGCCGAAUGUCCUUUAGCCUGUUUUCACUCUGUUUCUUUGAGUUUUGUCCCUCUAAAGGCCCACUCACAUCAGCAUGUACCGUUGAGUUUCACGGCAGAAUUUUAAUGGACACGCACAAUCAGUGGAUUUACUUACGGGGGUGUCGAACUUGGUGAGGUUAGACAUUCAAAGCAUGUCCAGUAGCAAGCAGUCUUAACAUUGCCGACCUUCGGGGAACGGAGAGCUGGAGUCGAAAAUGAAGGAAACUAUUGUAGUUUAUUAGCUGUGUUGCACCAUCCACUUUUAUUUCACCUCCUCUGUCAGAGUAUAAGUGUUAGCAUGUUUCCAGUUGGCUAGUUUGUUAGUGGUUUUCUCACCAGCUACAAAUAUCCACCAGCUAGCUCUGUGAGUAGUCACUGGGUGGUUUCCAUUUUGAUAACGUCACUCCUCCCUUCCCUCACCGUGUAAAAACCCUGAGCCAAAUCAAACAUGUGAUCAGCAGAUCUCCAUGCCGGGUUGGGUGGGGCGGGGCCAGUGGGCCUGCGAGAUUGAAACAGAUAAUCUGCUGUGGCAGCCCCUACGGCACACAAACAACACACAAAUGGUGAAAACUUUGUUCAUUACUGAAAGAGCAGAGUGGAUGUGAGGAAGCAAUAAAAACAGCUAUAAAUGUCCUGAAUUAAAUCUAUAGCUCUAAAUCUAUAGUUUGUAAAAGACCACAAAUCUACAGUACAAAUCAUGCAAUUAUAUGAAUAUUAUUAUAAUGCUGUUUACACAACAGCCCAGACCAAUCAAUAAACUGAUUCAUGUUAAAGGCGCAUUGCUGUCCUUUAAAAUAUGUCCACAUAGGACACACCUGUGGUUGCUCUCUCGCCCCUCGUCUCCUCCGAGAUGCAUUUAAGGGAUUGGAACAUCCUCGGUAAUGGCAGAGCUCGAUCCAUUUCCAGGAAACGGGCUGGAGGAAACAUAAUUACCAGAAUGGAAAACACCCACUAUGUCACCAAGCUUCUGGAAACAAAUACUGGGCCUUAACUCGUCUGAUUUCACAUUUGUUCACUGCUUUUCUAUCCGUUGUCUGCCUGUGAAGUCCGCUGUGCAGCUGUUAACCACUGUGAGGAAACAGUUAAAAAGAGUGUAGCGGAAAACGAGAAACCAUUUUCAAAAUCAGCGCUUGUCUUUAACUAUCCUCCUAGAAACAAAUAUCAUGUGACAUGCUUAUUUUGCUGUUUAGAUAGUGAGAUGUUUUUUUAUCUACUUCUUCAUGUCCACAAGAAUGUUCUACAAUAACAAUCCAUUUAAUUUAUAGAGCGCUUUUUACUCAAAGAUGCUGUACAUGACAAAUUAAAUAAGAAUCAGAAAACUGAAUGCACUGUUCACUAGAACUGAUCUCAGACCACCUGGUUAAGGCAUAGUUUCUCGGUCAAAUCUUCAGUGUCACCAUAUUGAACGGCUCCUAGAUUUGGACUAAACUAUCAGUGUGAAAGCGCAGUAAAAUAUGCAUCUUGUUGGGUAACAGAGCCAGCAACAACACAGGGUUGAGUGAUAGAAGACUACUUGAAAAUUAGCAUUUAAAAAUAUGUUUUAUAUAAUUUAAAAUAUUCAAAAGCACUGUUUUACCGGUCUGUAUUUUGUGAAUGCAAACAUUUAAAACAGCUACCACCCUCCCUUCUGUUUAUGUAUUUAGUACAAAUGCACAUCACACAGAGACAUGUUUUUAAUAUUUUAUUAAAUUAGUUUGUUAUUGUUUUUGUUCAUGUGAAGUUGUUCUGCACUGGAGUGUCUCACUGCUUUUAUCAACACGUUUCCAUUAAAAUGACGUAUUUUCUAUUUUAACAA